AUGAGGGGCCCUGGCUUCCUGGCCUGGCUGGUGUCCAGCUUGGGUGCAUGGCGGGUCGGCCAGCUGACAGCGGGAGAUUCGUCUGACUGCCAGCGCACCGAGCACCCAGUCAUCCCCUACACAGAGCUCUUCUUCAUCCCUGUCGUGGGCAUCGGGCAGGCGAGGGUUUGGGUCCAAGCGUCUGCCCAGAUCUGUCUUGCCGUGGAGUGGGGGUGUGACGAGCCCACCAAGAGGGCCUGCUACAGCAGGGGCAAGUCCACGGAGGAGUGUCAAAACUACGUACGCGUGCUGCUGGUGGGCGGGGACCGGCUCUUCACCUGCGGGACCAACGCCUUCACGCCCCUCUGCACCAACCGCACGCUGAGCAACCUGUCUGAGAUCCACGAGCACAUCAGCGGCAUGGCCCGCUGCCCCUACAGCCCCCAGCACAACUCCACGGCUCUGCUGACGGCCAGCGGGGAGCUGUACGCCGCCACCGCCAUGGACUUCCCGGGCCGAGACCCCGCCAUCUACCGCAGCCUGGGCACCCUGCCCCCGCUGCGCACCGCCCAGUACAACUCCAAGUGGCUGAACGAACCCCCCACCCCAGAAAGGAGCUGUCGAGGGCGGCUCUCAGCGCCAAAGGGAACGGUGGCGCCGUUGCUGCUGCUGCGGGCCCUGGUCUUAGUGUUCAGGGUGGAGAGCUCGGUCCCCAAGGACAGCGAACAUUCCGGUCCGAGCUGGCUCUGCGUGCUCACUUCACCGCCGGGGCGGAAGUGCGAGAACCCCGAGCACCUGGUCCUGAGACCCCGGGCCCUGGGGUCAGCCCCACGCAUCCCUGAGGCUGUUGGGAUUCCCCGAUUCAACUGCUCCCGGCCCGGCGAGCUGCCCUUCACCUACAACGAGCUGCAGAGCACCUUCCUGCUGCCCGAGCUGCACCUCCUCUACGGCGUCUUCACCACCAACGUAAACAGCAUCGCCGCCUCGGCCGUCUGCGUCUUCAACCUCAGUGCCAUCGACCAGGCCUUCCGGGGGCCCUUCAAAUACCAGGAGAACUCACGCUCCGCCUGGCUGCCAUACCCCAACCCCAACCCCCGCUUCCAGUGCGGCACCGUGGACCAGGGCCUGUCCCUGAACCUGACGGAGCGGAGCCUGCAGGACGCCCAGCGCUUCAUCCUGAUGCAGGAGGUGGUGCAGCCCGUGUCCGAGGUGCCCGCCUUCAUGGAGGACAACAGCCGCCUGUCCCACGUCGUUGUUGACGUGGUCCAGGCCCGCGACCUGCUCCUGCACAUCAUGUACCUGGCCACAGACCGGGGCACCAUCAAGAAGGUGCGGGCGGCCCUGGGCCCCACGGCGGGCAGCUGCCUCCUGGAGGAGCUGGAGCUGGUGCCUGCGCGGCGUCCCCAGCCUGUGCGCAGCCUCCUCAUCCUGCACAGCCAGAGUGUCCUCUACGUGGGCCUGCAUGGGCACGUGGCCAGGGUGCCGCUCAGGAGGUGCCACCUGCACCUCACUCACAGCGCCUGCGUCGGGGCCCACGACCCCUACUGCGGUUGGGACAUGUCCCUGAAGAAGUGCACCAGCCUGGAGGAGAGUGUGAGCAUGGCACAAUGGGAGCAGAACCUCGCCGUGUGCCCCGCUGUGGGCUCCUGCCUCUGUCGAACCCGCUCCUGCGACAGCCCGGCCCCCCAGUGUGGCGGCUGGUCCUGCGCCGGCCCCAGUGUGGAAAUCGCCAACUGUUCCAGGAAUGGCGGCUGGACCCCCUGGUCGCCAUGGUCCCCCUGCAGCACCACCUGUGGGAUCGGCUUCCAGGUGCGCCAGCGAGCCUGCAGCAACCCCACACCGCGGCAUGGUGGCCGGGUGUGCGUGGGCCAGAACCGUGAGGAGAGGUACUGCAACGAGCACUUGCUGUGUCCGCCCCACGUGUUCUGGACAGGCUGGGGCCCCUGGGAGCGGUGCACGGCCCAGUGUGGGGGUGGCAUCCAGGCACGCCGCAGGACCUGCGAGAAUGGGCCGGACUGCUCUGGCUGUGACGUGGAGUACCAGCCCUGCAACACCAACGCCUGCCCAGAGCUGAAGAAGACAACGCCCUGGACACCCUGGACGCCGGUCAACAUCUCCGACAACGGUGGCCACUACGAACAGCGGUUCCGCUACACCUGCAAGGCCCGCCUGCCUGACCCGAGCCUGCUGGACGUGGGCCGGCAGCGCAUCGAGAUGCGGUACUGCUCCAGCGAUGGGGCCAGCAGCUGCUCCACAGAUGGCCUCUCUGGGGACUUCCUGCGAGCGGGCAGGUACCCAGCCCACAUGGUCAACGGUGCCUGGUCGGCCUGGACGUCCUGGUCCCAGUGCAGCCGUGACUGCAGCCGUGGCAUCCGCAGCCGGAAGCGGGUGUGCAACAACCCCGAGCCCAAGUACGGGGGGCUGCCCUGCCUGGGCCCGGCCCUGGAGUAUCAGGAAUGCAAUGUCCUUCCCUGCCCAGUGGAUGGCAUGUGGUCCUGCUGGUCCCCCUGGUCCAAGUGCUCAGCCACGUGUGGAGGUGGACACUACAUGCGCACGCGCUCCUGCUCAAACCCAGCACCAGCCUAUGGGGGAGACAUCUGCCUGGGGCUGCACACGGAGGAGGCUCUCUGCAGCACCCAGCCCUGCCCUGAAAGCUGGUCCACGUGGUCGGCCUGGUCCAUGUGCGAUGCAUCGGGGAUCCAGGUCCGGAGCCGCCAGUGCGUCCUCGUCUUCCCCACUGGCAGCUCCUGUUCCGGCAACUCUUCCGAGAGCCGCCCUUGCUUCUCCGACUCCAACCUCCUGCCAGGUAAGCGCACCAUGUGUCCUCACUAG